AUGUCAUGGAUGGACACCUGGUCCCGCCCCUCAAAACGCGCCGCCGUCCCCGCGCCCUUGUACCUCCUGCCCACAGGCCCCGGGACGGGCGACAACGCGCGGUACUGUCGGUAUUGCGGGAGAGUUAUAAGCGAGCGCAAGUCCCGCGCGACAAGCGCCACGCAGACGCCAGCGAAGUACUGCUCUAGCCGGUGUCGACACCAUCGGUUCGACGGUGUGGAUCGCGGGAUCGAGGAUGCGUUCGUUUUGUUUCUGACUGGUGGUGGUGCUGAGGCUUUAGCUCGUGUUAGUUCUGGUGAGGCGGAGAAUCCGCGGCAUAGAGAGACGGAGAAGGAGAAGGAGAAGGGGGUGAGGAUGAGGAGGAAGGGCAAGGGGGAUGGGAGGGUGCUUGUGCCGUGUGGUGUUGUUGAGGAGUUUGUGUUUGGGUGCAGGAAGGAUCCGGAGAAGGAUUGGGGGAGGAGGAAGAAUAAGGCGAGGAGGGGGGUGAAGGAGGAGGGGGAGUGGAGGUCCGUGGAUAUGGUUGAUCAUGAUGUUGUGGAGAGGACGGGGAGUAGUGAUGGGAGUGCGAAUGGCGACGAAGUCGUUGAUGGCGAUCGGUUGGCGAGCCUGGCGGUGAGGAGUGGGACACGGGUGAGGCCUGGGCAGGAUGUUUCGGAGGUGAAUGGCAGUGUGGGCGGGGAAAAGGGGCGAAAGGAGAAGAUUGAGGAGACGGAGGAGAUGGCGCAGAAGAGGAGAGAUGGGGAGAAGAAGGCGGAGGAGCGAGAACGAGUGCGGUGUGCUGCAAGGAGGGGAGUGGUGUUUGGGUUUGUUCUGGACAGAGAUGCGGCGGAUCCAGAGACGAGGAAAUGCGAAGCCAUCAUGCAGGGGCAGGUCGUUGAGCCAAGUUUCGCGAAAGGAGAAUGGGCAGUGAGGUGGAGAGAGGAGUAA